AAUCACUACAUUGAUCAACUACACACAACACAGUUCAACAGUAACACACUCAUCACUCAGCUGUGCGACUGUGCGAGCUUGGCGCGUGAUCCAAAUGAAUAGAGUGUAGAAUCUAGUCAACUACUCUGUGUGUAGACCUGAAUCAGAGACUAGUCUAAAGUAUUGAGUGGAAAUAAGAAAUCAUGUCAUCUUCUCUAUCAGUAUUUCAGUGUGAAAGCUGCCGAUCAAUUCUUGGUGAUUCGUCGUCAUAUGUUUGUUUCAACGAAGAUCUUCGCAGUGUUACUUUGUCUAUGCCCACAGGUACACAACCACAGUUUAUUGAAGUGCAGGCUCUGAAAAAGAAGCACCAAAGCGAAAUUGUGGAUUUUCAUAAGAAAGUCUUUCAGACUGUCACCUGUAAGCACUGUUCACAGCCCGUAGGAAUGGUGUUCCAUGAUCUUCCUGCACAUUUAUCCCCUAUGAAUCAUCAGAUAACAUUCCUCGUGGACCAAAUCUCAAGCUAUGAAGUUGGAAGUCCCAGUAAUCAACCAAACAGCAUUUUCACUGAAAUAGAAAAACUCCAAAAAGAAGUGACAAAGCUUCAGAGAGUGAUGCUGAACAUCAGUGACAGAAUCGUAACAAUUGAGAAGUGCUUUGCACCUGACGAGGACCAGUGAGGCUUUGGACCAGAAGCACUGUACUCUCCCUUUUUUUCAUCUUUGUUGUUCUCUUAAUUUUGCUUGAAAUUAGAAAGAAUGAAAUGUUGAUGAUAAAAGUUAAUAGUGGGUGGUUGGCGGGUGCUCUGGUGUGGUUUGCUCCUUCUUUCCUAUAAAACUACUGUCGUCUUUAUCUCUCCAAGUUCUUUUUUGUGUUUGUUACUCUCUUGCAACACCUCUAAUCUUCGGCAUUUAUAUGACCUUGUUGUGUUGCAAGUGCCGUAAAACUCUUACCCAAAGAAAAAAAAAGAAAGUUAAUAUUAAGACACACCUUUUUUCCCCCAUGCUUUUGACCACGUUUGAAAGAGGAUUAGAAAUUGAAAACAAAUUGUUCACGAUUACAGUAAUGUUUUUUGUGUCCCUCGCUAUUAUCUCUGGCAACAUCCAAAGGUUUAUAUUAUUCUUCAGGAGUGUUGAAUAGGACUAGGUGGUAAUUGAAUGCAGCUGCUAAGUGAUGGCAAUGCAGGAAUGAACAGUACCGGGUAUUAAUUGUGUCACCACGCAAUGAAAUCAGGCGCUCGUCAGCUUUUGGGCACAUGGAGUUAUAGGUAUCAUAUUAAAGUUUGUUCUUUUAUCUUGCUUUUGUUGAAAAAAGUACUCAUCUAUCUUGAAUAGAAGUCGAAAUAUUUGCAAUUGAAAGAGUUGGGGGUCAUCUGGUGUCAGAGGUAAAACUAGGGAAAAAAUUGCAGCCAAAGUUUAGUGGCUUCCAAAGCUUUAGUGCCUUUGAAAACUGCAUAUACGUUUUUUAACUAAAAUCUAGACUGAAAUGUCUUCUUAAAUGGACAUAAAAGGUGUUAAACCAAAAACUGAAAAUUCUUUAAAAAAUGCUCAACAGCCCGAAAAGUGCCAGUUUCUUUGAUGUCAUUCUUUUUUGACGAGCGUCUGAUUUCACCACGAUGCCUCGCAGCUUUUAUUCAAAGUUUUUUUUAUCCAUAAUAUACCUGGUAUUUGGUGGAAAUUGCAGAGGUAGUGUACAGCAUCCCUUAAAUGUAUAUUUAUAUUGUUCAUGUAUGUUGCUGAUUGUGUAAAUAUGAUUGUCCAUAGUUCCGUAGGUCACAAAUUAGUUUUGGUUAAGAAAUUGAUCUUAUUUUGAGAUUUUUAGAUACAUAUUUACCCAUGCUGCCAUUUUUACAAUUCUUUGGAUAAGCUCAUGAAUGGGGAAUUUUUUGCCAUCAAAAUUUUUAAUCUUUUAUGAUGACACUAUAUUCUACCCAAAUGUGAAUCUUAUUCUUAACAAUGUAGAUUUUAUGUUUGUUACUGAAUUCAGUAUCUUUUACUCAUUAUUUUAUGUAAAUUCUCUGAAGCCUAAAGCUCCUUUUUCUGCUUUCAAGAAAUAGCCUCACCUGUAUUUAGAAAGGGACCUUUUCCUUUUCUAUUGUGUGCUUGGUGUUUUGGGGCGAGAAUGCUGCAUGACUGACUGAUUGAUAUAUUGUGGAAAGAUGAAAGAAUG